UGCGGAGUGUGACUCUCCGAACCCCCUCACGCGGCGUCGGCAGCGGCGGCGACAUGGCCGAGGCUGCCGCCCGAGUGAGCGGCUUCAAAGCCAACUAUGCUGUGGAACGGAAGAUCGAGCCUUUCUACAAGGGUGGAAAAGCACAGCUGGAUACGACUGCCCAGCACCUCUUCUGCAUUUGUGGCACCAGACUCAAUGUCCUGGACGUCGCCUCGGGGUCUGUACUUCGGAGCCUGGAGCAGGAGGACCAAGAAGACAUCACUGCCUUUGAUCUCAGCCCGGAUGAUGAGACACUUGUGACAGCCAGCCGGGCACUGCUGCUGGCUCAGUGGACCUGGCGGGAGGGCACUGUGACCCGCCUGUGGAAGGCAGUACACACAGCCCCUGUGGCCACCAUGGCCUUUGACCCCACCUCCACACUGCUGGCCACAGGAGGCUGUGACGGGGCGGUGCGCAUCUGGGAUGUUGUGCGGCACUACGGGACACACCACUUUCGAGGCUCACCGGGCGUUGUGCAUUUGGUAGCCUUCCAUCCGGACCCCACUCGCCUGCUGCUCUUCUCCUCAGCUGCGGACUCCGCCAUCCGUGUGUGGUCCCUCGAGACCCGCCUGUGCCUGGCCCUGCUGACCUCCCACUACAGCGCUGUCACCUCGCUGGCCUUCAGUGCUGACGGCCACACCAUGCUCAGCUCCGGCCGAGAUAAGAUCUGCACCGUCUGGGACCUCCGGAGUUGCCAGGCCACAAGGACCGUGCCCGUGUUUGAGAGUGUGGAGGCUGUGGUGCUGCUGCCUGAGGAGCCAGUGCGUGCACUGGGAGUGAAGAACUCGGGCCUGCACUUCCUGACAGCUGGUGACCAAGGGAUCCUGCGCGUGUGGGAGGCGGCUUCCGGGCAGUGCGUGUACACCCAGCCACAGCCGCCAGGCCCAGGGCGGGAGCUGACCCACUGCAGCCUGGCGCGCGCCGCUGGCCUGCUCCUCAGCGUCACCGCUGACCACAACCUGCUGCUGUAUGAAGCCAGCUCCCUGCAGCUGCAGAAACAGUUUGCUGGCUACAACGAGGAGGUCCUGGAUGUCCGGUUCCUCGGGCCCAAGGACUCCCACGUAGUCGUGGCCUCCAACAGCCCCUGUCUGAAAGUGUUUGAGCUGCAGACAUUGGCCUGCCAGAUCCUGCACGGCCACACAGACACAGUCCUGGCCUUGGAUGUGUUCCGGAAGGGGUGGCUCUUUGCCAGCUGUGCCAAGGAUCAGAGCGUCCGCAUCUGGAGGAUGAACAAAGCUGGCCAGGUGGACUGCGUGGCUCAGGGCUCCGGGCACACGCAUAGCGUGGGCACCAUCUCCUGUUCUAGGCUGAAGGACUCCUUCUUGGUGACGGGCAGCCAGGACUGCACGGUGAAGCUGUGGCCCCUCCCCGAAGCCUUGCUGUCUCAGAGCACAGACCCAGGUGGCAGCCCCGUGCUCCUGCAGGCACAGACCACCCAGCGCUGCCAUGACAAGGACAUCAACAGCGUGGCCAUCUCCCCCAAUGACAAGCUGCUGGCCACCGGCUCACAGGACCGCACCGCCAAGCUCUGGUCCCUGCCACAGUGCCGGCUGCUGGGUGUGUUCUCGGGCCACCGACGCGGUCUCUGGUGUGUCCAGUUCUCCCCCAUGGACCAGGUGCUAGCCACAGCCUCAGCAGAUGGCACCGUCAAACUCUGGGCGCUGCAGGACUUCAGCUGUCUCAAGACCUUUGAGGGGCACGACGCUUCUGUCCUGAAAGUGGCCUUUGUGAAUCGCGGCACGCAGCUGCUGUCCAGUGGCUCCGACGGCCUGGUGAAGCUCUGGACCAUCAAGAACAACGAGUGUGUGCGGACGCUGGAUGCCCACGAGGACAAGGUCUGGGGGCUGCACUGCAGCCGACUGGACGGCCACGCCCUCACUGGCGGCAGCGAUUCCCGAGUGAUUCUCUGGAAGGAUGUGACUGAAGCUGAGCAGGCAGAAGAGCAGGCCAAGCGGGAGGAGCAGUUGGUCAAGCAGCAGGAACUGGACAACCUGCUCCAUGAGAGGCGUUACCUGCGGGCCCUGGGCCUGGCCAUCUCCCUGGACCGGCCCCACACCGUGCUGACCGUUAUCCAGGCCAUCCGGAGGGAUCCUGAGGCCUGUGAGAAGCUGGAAGCCACAGUGCUCAGACUGCGGCGAGACCAGAAAGAGGCCCUGUUGCGCUUCUGUGUCACGUGGAACACCAACUCUCGGCAUUGCCACGAGGCCCAGGCCGUGCUGGGCGUGCUGCUGCGGCACGAGGCCCCGGAGGAGCUGCUGGCCUACGAGGGGGUGCGGGCUGUGCUGGAGGCCCUGCUGCCUUACACUGAGCGGCACUUCCAGCGGCUCAGCCGGACACUGCAGGCGGCCACCUUCCUGGACUUCCUGUGGCACCACAUGAAGCUGCCCUCUCUCCCUGCUGCCCCCCGGUCCUCUGAGACAUAG